AUGGCCGCUUUCCCUUCAUCUAUCAUCCUACUAUCUACAGCAUUGCUACUUCUCUUUCCACAUUUCACUUGUGCUCAAAAUAUAAACGUCGGAACCUCUCUCACAGCAACCUCAAACUCGAAUCCAUGGCGCUCCUCCAACGGAGAUUUCGCAUUCGGCUUUCAACAACUUCAAGGUAACUAUAAUCAAUACGUGCUCUCCAUAUGGUUCGAUAAGAUCCCUCAAAAAACCAUCGUCUGGUACGAAAGAAGCAGCUACCCGGUGCCACGUGGCUCCACGCUGCGCCUCGACGCCGCAACCGGUCUCAUCCUUGAAGAUCCUCAGGGCCGGCAUCUCUAUAACACUACCGGCGGCGGCCCUGCCGAUGAAGUCGGUUAUGCCUCCAUGAAUGACACCGGAAACUUCGUUAUACGGCGGAGGAGCGAUUCUUCCAUCUUGUGGGAGAGCUUUAGGAAUCCAACCGAUACAAUAUUGCCCACUCAGACGAUUGAGAUCGGCGACACGCUCGUUUCACGGAAAACUGAGGAAAAUUUUUCAAUGGGAAGAUUCUACGCCGCCAUCAACAACGCUGGAGAUUUGGUGUUCAACACCAAAAGCGUGCCCUCGAAUUCGGAAUUCGACGAUGAGUACUACAGCAGCUUCACUUCUUCUCAGCAGAACGCUUCGGAAGCUGGGUUUCGCGUGGUGUUCAAGAGUGAAGCCUUAAUUUCCAUCCUGAAGAGAAAUGGGAAGGAGCAGAUUCUUAGUCCUCCUUCGCUUCCCCUGCCUUCCGAGAAUUACUACAGAGCAACUCUCGAUUUCAAUGGAGUUUUCACACAGUAUUAUCGCCCCAAGAACUUGGGUAACAACGUUAACCCGAGUUGGUCUGUUGCAAGGUCUUGGCCUGAUAACAUCUGCAUGUUCAUCAACGGAGAUACGGGCAGCGGGGCUUGUGGCUACAACAGCGUCUGCAGAAUUGAGAAUCGGAGGCCCGUCUGCGAAUGCCCGCAAGGAUUCUCGCUUGCUGAUCCCACUGAUCCUAACAGCGACUGCAAGCCUAAUUUCGUGCAGGGUUGCUUCCAUGGUUCGCUACCACAGGAAGAGUACGAGUUGGAGAUCAUAAAGGACACGGAUUGGCCUAAAAAUGACUACCAAUUAAUAAAGCCGAGCAGUGAAGAGCAGUGCCGAAGCGCUUGCCUGAAUGAUUGUCUCUGUGAUGUUUCCAUAUACAGAGACAAUAGCUGCUGGAAGAAGAAGCUGCCGCUCUCCAAUGGCAGAGUUAACACGGCUCAAGGCUUAAUAGCGUUUCUCAAGCUUAGGAAGCGGGAUGUUCCUUUACUAAAUCCGCAACGUCCAAGAAGAGACCGACAGACGUUGAUAGUUGUGAUAUCAGUGCUUUUCGGCAGCUCAGCGUUCAUCAACUUCUUGUUCAUUACUGCAGCUUGCCUCCUUAUUUUCCUCGUUCACAACAAAAAGCUGCCGGCUCUCAAUCCUUCAGGCUCAAACCUACGCUGUUUCACUUAUAAAGAACUCGAGCUGGCUACUGAUGGGUUCAAAGACGAACUAGGAAGAGGGGCUUUCGGAAUCGUCUACAAAGGGGCUAUGCCAAUGGGUUCCGACACCAUGGUUGCAGUGAAGAAGCUGGAUAGAAUGUUUCAAGAUUCAGAGAAAGAAUUCAAGACAGAAGUGAAUGUGAUAGGUAGAACUCACCACAAGAAUCUGGUGAGCCUUAUUGGGUUCUGCGACGAAGGGUCUCAUCGUUUGCUUGUAUACGAAUACAUGAGCAAUGGAACACUUGCAGGCUUUCUCUUCGGCCAUCUGAGGCCGAGCUGGAGCCUAAGGACUCAAAUGGGUCUGGGGAUUGCUAAGGGGCUAACGUACUUGCAUGAAGAGUGCAGCACCCAAAUCAUCCAUUGUGAUAUAAAGCCUCAGAACAUACUCCUUGACGAAUACUACAUCGCUAGGAUUUCGGAUUUCGGGUUGGCUAAGCUCUUGACGAUGAAUCAGAGCAAGACGCUGACCGGUAUCCGAGGCACCAAAGGCUAUGUUGCUCCUGAGUGGUUCAGGAACACACAGAUAUCAGUCAAAGUGGAUGUUUAUAGCUUCGGAGUUGUGCUACUAGAGAUCAUAUCGUGCAGGAAGAUCAUCGAAGAUGGCCUUGAAUUCGGAGACGGUGAAAAUCCGAUUCUAACUGAUUGGGCUUGGGACUGCUUUGUCGAGAGAAGAUUGGAUGUAUUCGUGAAAAACGACGAGGAGGCUUUAAGAGAUGGGAAAAUGCUGGAAAGAUUCGUCAAGGUUGGACUAUGGUGCGUUCAGGAAGAUGUAGCUCUUAGGCCAACCAUGAAGAAAGUCUGUCAAAUGCUCGAAGGAGUAGUCGAAGUUCCAGAGCCCUCGAAUCCAUCCUCUUUCACCUCACUUGUUUGA